CAUGUACCCAGACCUACACAACCAUGUACACACACACGCCAAUGACCUAUUGUCCCAGAAACCAUGACCUAACCAGUGACAACUGUUAUUCACGCUUGACUGAACACCCGACACACGAGCGUGUCAACACACAGGACUGACACCAUGACUACACACCUUCCCUUUGUCAGUGAGUGUUGACAAUGUCACAUAGCCCCUGUCAUACAGCGCCCCUAGUUUACACUCGACACGUGUUGAAGGCUGUAAUAGAUUUGAUUCUAAAUUAGUUUACAAGCUGUUCGUAUUAAACGUAACACACAUGUUUAUUGCGCUAGUAUGUAAUUGGUGUUUUUAAGCCACUAAACCCACGGAGGUUCGCUCAUCUUAGCAGCACCAUGUCAGAGAGCAGUGAUUUGCUGGGCACCGACCAGAACUGCCGGAAUCUUCUGGCAGCAGGGGCGGCUACUCUAGCGGGCGUGGCGGCAGUGGCCUACCUCUUGUCCAAUCAGAAUCGUACGACCCCGGUCAAGCCGCCCAUUGACCUGAAUAACCAGUCAGUCGCCAUAGAUGGCAAGCCUGAGCACCGCGCCUCCAGACUCUGCAAGUCACCUGACUACUUCCAGAGGGACACGCCCGUCAAAGACUGUCACGUGGUGUUUGACGUGCUGGAGAGGGGCAAGCGGGUUUCUAAUAACGGACCUUGUCUAGGUGCACGUACGGGACCUAACAGAGAAUACGAGUGGAUGACCUACCAACAGGUGAUUGACCGAGUUCUUCAGUUCGGUUCUGGUCUAGUGCACACGGGUAGUCGCCCUUCCGGUGAAACUUUUGUCGGAAUUUUCGCAACCAACAGACCCGAGUGGACGAUAGCAGACUAUGCGAGUCAGGCAUUCUCUAUGGUUCCAGUACCCCUGUACGAUACCCUGGGACUGGACGCCUGCAAGUUCAUCAUUAACCAAUGUGCUAUGGAGGUUGUUGUCGUGGAUACCGAGGCCAGAGUGAAAAGUUUGAUCACCCUGAAGCCUGACCUGCCGUCACUGAAGCGUGUCAUCAUGAUAGAGGCCAUGACUGACCAGCUCAAGGACGCUGUGGAAAAAGCUGGACUGGAUUUUUUCAGCUUUAAUAAAAUGUUGGAACUAGGGAAAGCGUAUCUCAAAGAUCCUAUUGUAGCCAAGCCUGAAGAUGUCUACUCUAUAAUCUACACCAGCGGAACCACAGGGGAUCCAAAAGGUGUUGUACUCACCAACUACGGUUUUCUGGCUAUGGUACAGAGUAUGUUGCUACAGUCACAGCCAACCUUCCACGCCUACCCCGAAGACGUCCACUUGUCCUACCUACCUCUUGCACACAACUUUGAUCGAGCCGUACACGUGAUGAUGCUGAUGCACGGUGCCCGCGUUGGCUACUACAGUCGUGAUGUCAGAUUGUUAACGGACGACCUGAUGGCGCUCAAACCAACGCUGUUCGCCACAGUUCCCCGGCUGUUGAACCGGAUGUACGACACGGUGUAUGCUGGUGUGAAAAACUCUAAAAUCAAGUCAACUUUGUUAAAAUGGGCCCUAGAAGGCAAACAGAAGGAAGUAGACAGAAUGAUCUACAGAAGGGACAGCAUCUGGGAUAAAAUAAUUUUUAGCAAAAUUCAAGAGAAACUUGGUGGGCGUGUCCGAUUCGUCAUCACAGGCUCCGCCCCUUUGUCAACUGACGUCAUGAAGUUUUUGAGAUGUUCGUUGGGUUGUGUUGUGGUUGAGGGUUAUGGUCAAACGGAAUCUGGUGCUGGUUUAACCAUGAGUUUACCUGGUGACCCAAGCAUAGGAAGUGUUGGCCCCCCUCUGCCCGGUGCCCACAUCAAGCUUGUCGACAUCCCAGAGAUGGACUACUACGUCAAAGACAACAUUGGGGAGAUUUGGGCCAAGGCAGACUUUCUGUUUAAAGGCUACUACAAGGAACCCGAGAAGACAGCAGAGGCGCUGGAUGAAGACGGGUGGCUCCACACAGGGGAUGUUGGGAGGUGGCUGCCGAACGGAACUCUGAAAAUUGUUGACAGGAAGAAAAAUAUUUUCAAACUAUCUCAGGGUGAGUACAUAGCCACGGAGAAGAUCGAGAGUGUGUACACAGCCAGUCCAUUUGUUGCUCAAGCUUUUGUGGAGGGGGACAGUUUCAAGACGGUUCUGAUGGCUGUCAUUGUGCCAGACCAGCUCUACAUAGAGAAGUGGGUGCAGAACAACCCGCAAUUUCCGGCCAAUCUCGAGGAGUUCUGUAAACAUCCGCAAGCAAAAGAUAUUGUGUUGGGGGACAUGAUCGAAUACGGCAAAAAAUCAGGCUUGAAAGGAUUUGAACAGGUCAAGGACAUCUACCUGGAAUGGAACAUGUUCACCGUGGAGAAUGACCUCUUGACCCCUACCUUGAAGAACAGACGCCCCGUGCUGAGGAAGAAAUACAAGGCCACGGUGGAGGGGCUCUACGCCAAGCACGGCAUGUGACGUCACACCACGCACUCACACGCGCGGUGACGUAUGGGAUGGUGAACAGUCUCGGCAGCGCUACCUCUAGUGCCACAACAUUUCGUUCUGGAACCUCUCGCUUCAUUGAACUUGUUUUUGGUCUGUUUUUUUUUUGUUGUUGACAUUGUUCUUGUUUAAAAUUGUGAUACGUUAAUGCAAUCAAAAUCUGUGAAUAUGGUAUGCUCGUGAAUUGAAAACUUCAAUUCUUGACUAACGUAGUUAUAAAAAAAAAUCAAAAUUAAUUAUUUUAUUUAUAAUUGAAAAAAAAAAUUGUUCCACUUUCAGUAUUAAAAAAAAAUCUUUUAAGCCUCUCACUAUGUUCUUAUGAAAUGCGCAUGACGAUUAAAAACGCCAUUAAAAUAAAACAAUGUAGCCUAUUUGCUAGUGUUACUUAUUGUUACAGUCAUUUUUACAGUUUUAUAUAGCAAUAAUUAUUUAUAAAUUAAACUUAUAUGUGAUCCUUCUAUGGUAACUAACCCUAACCUAUUAGGUUUAUGGUUAUCUUGCUGAAGAUAGUUAAUUUAUAAUAUUAUAUAGGUUUACGUAGUUUAAUCCCCAUGUAUAUAGUUUACAGUUAUAUUUGUACCUGUACAAGAAGUAAACAUUUCCCACGAUACAUCUGUGUCACCUGCAUUGAAUGUCUUAUUUUUAGAUUCCUUAAUUACACCUUCCACUGUGUUAUUAAAAGAUGAUGUCAUACAAUUAA